AUAAAAUAUAAUAUGAAAUGUUUAGGCAAAAUGUAUAAAGUUAGAAUUGAUAAGUAUCUUUAAACUGAAUCGGACAUUCGGAGGCAGAGCCCUUCACUGCAGAACCAAUCAGAUGUUGAGGCUGAGUUUUGGAAGCUGAAUCAUCAGUACAAAGGUCGGCGUGCGCGAGCUUUUCCAAAGAUCAGUCAGCGAGAGCACGGGGACGCGCGCCAUAUGGAUCACUGGUUUCUGUAGCCUUCAUGAAAGCCAGAGAUAUGAGCAGCGAAACAGAGGGGGAAAAUCCAGAUCAAACAAACUGCAAAUGUAAAUCAAAUACUCUGGUGUCCUCGUACUGCAUCGACAGUAUUCUAGGAAGGAAAAGUCCCUCAAAAGUUAAAGCAACACCAAACAGUUUGUGGCCCCUUCAACCAGACAUGCACCUGCCUCCGAAGCUCCGCCGCCCCUUCGCCCCGCUGACGGACUCCUCCAUUCACACAGACCAGACUGAAGCAGGGGGUCCAAAACUGCUACACACCGCUUGUGCAAAAUUACAAAUUACAGAGGCCUCGCUUGUAAACACCAGUCGUGCUAUAUUGUAUCAGGAAAACGCUUCUUUACAUUCAUGUAGAGACACAUCUUGUCCCACGCCAAGACCAGAGGAGAAAGAAACCGACAAUGAAAGACUAUGUAGAGAGACAACCGUGUCUCCGGGUCUGAAGGGACUGCGAGAACCAGAGGGAUAUUUAAAGAACAGUGAGGAAACUACUUUAUCAGCGGGAAGUGACGCUGAAGAUGGGAUGUUAAAACGAAAACAGAGGAGAUACCGGACCACAUUUACCGGCUAUCAGCUUGAGGAGCUGGAAAGAGCUUUUCAAAAGACUCAUUAUCCAGAUGUUUUCACAAGGGAGGAAUUAGCAAUGAGACUUGAUCUUACAGAAGCACGGGUGCAAGUCUGGUUCCAGAAUCGACGUGCAAAAUGGAGGAAAAGGGAAAAGGCGGGGGUCCAGUCACACACUCUGAGUCUACACUAUCCUGGAACCCCCCCUACUGCACAGUCCUUGUGUCAUUACCUGAGUGGGAAUCCUUUUGUCCCAAACCCACAUCCAGCUAUUGAUUCAUCUUGGCCUGCUCCACUCCAAAGACUGGCUCAGCCUCCCCCAAACCCUGCCUCCCCUCUUGGCUUCAGUGCUCUGUUAGGGGCGGCCAUGUUUAGACAUCCCGCUUUCAUUAACCCCACUUUUGGAAGACUUUUUACAAGCAUAGGUCCAGUGGCACUGCAAAGGAUACCCCUUCCUGCCAUCGAGGGUCCAGUUCAACGCUCCCACCUCACCAACAACCUUCUCUCCUCUUCAUCACCCUUACCUUCUUCUCCAACGGUGGACCUCCGCACUUCCAGCAUAGCAGCACUGCGUCUCAAAGCAAAGGAGCAUUCUGCUCAGCUGACUCACAUCACUGCUGCUGGAAUGACUGGAAAAGAGGAGUGCUAAGACUCACUCUCAGUUGAGAGAUGGCAAAAGACCAAAGUCAAGCGGAAGCACUGAUAUCUGGAGAGUUAGGUGAUUAUUAAUAGAUACAUUAAUACACAAUGUAGUUUUAGUCUCUGGAAGUUGAACUGUAGCAUUCUAAAGCGUUUUUUGUUUGUUUAAUAGUGGUUGUUAAUGAGUGCUGAAUGUUUUUUUUUUCAUUUGUUGAAUGAUCUUUUUAGAUAAUUUCAUCCUGUUUUCAUUAGGAAAUGAAUAAAACAAUACUCAAACAGCUAUAUAUAUAUGAACAAAUUACCAGGACAAGCUGCUUUUAAUAUGUUACACGUCCAACACUUUUAAAGGUUUGUUCUGUAACAGUAAAAGUUAUGUUUUACUCGACAUGUAUUUAUUCUGCAUCAUGCAAUAUUAGGAUUUUUUAUAAGGCAGCACUUUCUGUGUUCACAGAAUAGUACUAAAAUAGUUUAGGUUAUGUUGCCAUGCAUUACCAUGAGUUUAUUAUAUGUUUUUAAACCUAGGAGACACCAUUCAGGGAAAUAAACAAAAUAUCCGUAUGCUUCUCUUGAUGAAUUAGGCAGGGAAAAUAAAAUAAUGUGAAAUGAAAAAACAUAAACGUUUUGUGUUGUCUUAAAAUUCCUUCUGUAUUUAAUG